AUGAUCGCGUCAUCAUCACUAGCGCCGCUGCUGACGGCCUUGAAGUCGCAGCUUUCGUCGCUCGAGUCGAAGCUGUCGGCUGAGGCCUUGAAGGCUCGCAUCGACGCCCUCGCGAAGGACCUCGCCGGUUUCGCGGCAACGGCGGGGUCCGCGGGGGCGCAACCGGCGCUCAUGGCAGGUGCGCAGCCCCUCUCGACGGUGGGGACUUCUGGCGCGGCGUCCGGCGUCCCUGCCGCCGGCGAGUUGGCGAGGCAGAUCUCCGAUCUGACGCAGCGGCUCGCGGGGAUCAACGGGAACGUCAACGCGCUCGCUGGGAUGGUGAACGUCGUUGCUAGCGGAUUGCUAACGGCUGGCUCGGACUAUCUGCUCACAUACUACCUGUACGUAGCAGGAGUGACCAAGGCCCCAGACUCUCAGGCCAUUUUCAACGGCAACCCUUGCAACACUGCUGCCACUGUGCCCCUCGCCCUGCCUGGCACGUGGGUGCCCAUGAGCCCUGUGUCCUGGUCGCUGGCCAAUGUCGUGAGGGCGUCAGCUGCUGACGUGGUGGAUCUGCUCUCAUCUCUCCAAGUGGUCACCAAUGACAGGCUAUAUGUGGGCUUCUUUGGCCCUGACGGAGCACUAUCAGGAAAGAUUAUUGGGGGGAAGUUUUAG